UUGGGAAAGUGAAUCAAUUGCGCAGUAAAAAAUAAUCCCAUAUGUUUCGUACUCAAAUAAAACAUUGCUGAGUUUCUGUGCUGUACAAGUCAUAUAUGGUUAUUAUUAUUCUUUUUACUAGAUAUAAUUAAAAAUCUAAACAUUUUUUAUGCAAAUAUAAUCUAGAAAUGUUGAAGUUGGCCAGCGCACCGCCUUCUUGAAUCGACCUACAGCUGUUUCCCGCCAAUUAAUACUCAUUCUACUGAAGCCACGACGACCCGGUAGUAAACUUGGAAUAUACAACUUCAAUAUUCCCUGGAUUAAAACUUUAGUUCAUUUUGUGAUUUCCAAAGAGUUAUGAUGUCGAAUGUGUACAGAAGUAGUGACAGAAGGAAACUGUACUCGGAGUACGAAUUGCAAAGAGAGGAUUUAACAGCUGUUUUGGGAAGAUCACAGUCCAUCCCUGGUAAAACCCACAUGGAGCACGAGAAAAAGAUGAGGCGAGAAAUUGCCAACAGCAAUGAACGACGAAGAAUGCAAAGCAUAAAUGCUGGCUUUCAGAGUUUGAAAUCGUUGAUUCCACAUAGUGAUGGUGAAAAAUUGAGCAAGGCUGCCAUAUUGCAGCAGACCUCGGAUUAUAUUCAGCAAUUAGAAAGUGACAAGACCAGACUUCUGGCCAUCAACAAUCAGUUGAGCACGCAGCUUAAACGGUUACUAGGAAGUGACUAUGAAAAACAGAUUUCAGUCAACUACAACCCAUCUCCACCAACAAAACGGAAGAAGCGAGAUACAGAGUCUUCUGAUGAGGGAAUAUCAGCAGACUUUGAAGACAUCAAUGAAAUCAAGCGAGAGAUGAUAGACUUGCGAUGCCAGUUAGACCGAGAAAGACAUCUGCGAAUGAUGCUGCAAAAACAAAAUCAAUCACUUCAUUUGAAGCAAGAUCAUCCAACAUUUGUUGAACAAAUGCAAGAAAAGAUACCUAAAGAUAAUGUUAUCUAUGUUGAACAUGUAGAAUCUGAGGAGGAAGACAAGUUGCAUGAGAGGAAUUCUUCGGAUUCUGAAUCUAUGUCACGGAGAAACUUAGAAACCAUUGUCGAGGCCAUCAGACACCUAGAAGGAGACCGUCUAGGAUUUAACGAAAGAACAACCCACCACCGGGGCAUUCCUCAUAGUGACGAAAGUGAAAAAGACAGUAGUGUCACUUGCAGUGAACCUGAAGACCGUGAUUCUCCUAUUCCAUUUGAAAAAAUAGACUCGAGACAGUCCGUGUCUGUCACAGAAGUUCCAUUGACUGAAAUUCACCCCCAUCUUUCUCCAUCCCAGUAUCAUGAGAAAUUUCCUAUUGCCACAAAUUUAUUACAUCGACCUAACAUGGUUCAUUACUACUGUCGACCAAACGUUAUAGUUCAGAAAUCAUAAAACCAGCCAUGUACAUUUCAUUCUACCAUUUUGUAAAUAUUAUCAUGAUUUCAUUUUGUCAUGGAAAAGAAAACUGCCCUAUUCUUAUUUUGUAAAGAGUCAUUUGAUAAUUUUCAAAGAUUUCUCCUCACCCAUGAAAAUGCUCAAAUUUUUUCAUUACUGUAUGUACACUCUGUGAUGUCUAUUGAUCUUAAAUUGCUUUAACAGUCUAAAACCUGUAAAUACAUUCUAAAAAUUAAUCUUGCUUCAUUUGAUAUUCAGUAAUGUUGAAGGAAGGCAUUUUUUUGUCAUUGAUAGUAAUUUAUUACUUUGUACAUGUGUAAAUAGAUCAUCUCAUUGUAUCAGACUUUUGUUAUUGCAGUUGUUAAGUUUGAUUGUUUUACAAGUAUGAGUGAGUUGUCUAGAAACAAGCCACAAAGUCCAGUUCUAAUCAAUUAUUUUCAUAUGCAAUUACAUGUGAAAAUGCUCAAUGAAAUAAUCCAUCUGUUAACAUUCGUUAUGCAUACAUACAUACAUGUACAUUGCUUUUAUCUCGUGUGUUUUUGGUGCUCUUUGUGACAUACCCUUGUUCAUUCAUUUGGUGUGACAUUCCCAGUUGCACAGAAUUUAAUGUGUGUGUGUGUGUAUGGUAAAUGUUACUGAAGUUAUUGAGUGUAUGUUAUUAACUGAGUAUUGUGGAUGUUUUGCCAUGCAUGGGUGAUCUCUUUUUGCAAGAUGACCAUCAAAAUGCACAUAGCAAUGCAUACUUCACCUCUAAUCCUGAUAGUAGAAUAUUUUAAGAUUCUGACCUUGAGGGGUAUGAGGUGAUAUGUGUCAAUUUGUAUCUGUUAAUUUAAUAUUGUUAUCUGCAGAAUAAUUGCUUAGUUUCAGUCUGAAAAUGAGAUGUUAAAAUUUCGUUUGCUUGAAAUUCAGUGUAAUAUUUAAGACCAGUUUUAGACAAGUUUUUUUCUCUCUCAGUGUACUUGCAGCUUCAGAAUAUACCACCAUGUGCAUUUUUAUUCACUAGGUCAUCUGUAGAUAUCAGUAAUUUAUUGUACGUUUAAAAACUAUAUAUUCUGAAAAUUUGCAUCAGAUAUGUUAAGUUUAAAGCUAGAGUGCUACCAAAAAUACAGUUACUAGUAUCCAGUUAUUUAAUAACAAAUGGAAAGUGGUUGUUCUGUUUUGAAAUGUGAAAUCACAUUAUUCUAAACACGAAAUGCAUUAAGUAGUGCUAUAAAGUCUUAUGUGAGACAUUGUUGACAUUUUAUUUUUGUAUUUUUUGUGAAGGAUGCUUACAACUUGAUACUUUUGUGUAUUUACUUUAGACCGAUUUUUAAUUGUUGUUUUUCUGGAGAAUUGAAGGCCUGGAAUUACAAUAAAUUGUGGUAAAUGUAAA